CAUUCAUAGCUACUCAACUCAACUUGGCUCGUUUACUAUGUGGAAGUUCGUCCUUUUGUUGGCUUUAUCAGCGCCUGUUUUGGCGAUAAACAACGGUCUGGGUCGUACGCCUCAAAUGGGUUGGAAUUCAUGGAAUCACUUUCAUUGCGGGAUCAACGAGGAACUGAUCAUGCAAACCAUUGACGCUGUUAAUUCCUCUGGACUACGAGAUGCCGGUUAUAAAUAUGUGAAUUUGGAUGACUGUUGGCAGGUGUCUCGGUUUCCUAACAAGACAAUAAUGCCGGAUCCAAAAGCUUUUCCGCAUGGUCUCACUCCUCUUAUCGAUCAUGCUCAUUCACUGGGCCUUCUGUUUGGUGUCUACAGUGAAGCAGGCUAUAAGACAUGUGCAGGUCGUCCCGGUUCACUCGGUUAUGAAGUUGUUGAUGCAAACACGUAUGCCAGUUGGAAAGUCGACUAUUUGAAGUAUGACAACUGUUACACUGACCAUACGAAACCUGAAGUUCGUUACCCCGUUAUGAGAGAUGCUCUCAACAAAACUGGAAGGCCUAUCUUCUACUCCAUGUGUGAAUGGGGUGUUGAUAAUCCUGCAACAUGGGCAGCUGCAGUAGGGAACAGUUGGCGAACGACAGGAGAUAUUGGUGAUAGUUGGAAUAGCAUGAUCGGGAAGGCUGACCAGAAUGACAAGUGGUGGAGCUAUGCCAAACCUGGUGGAUGGAAUGACCCCGACAUGCUGGAAGUCGGUAAUGGUGGUAUGUCGAAAACCGAGUACAUAACUCACUUUAGCCUGUGGUGUCUGAUGAAGUCACCACUUCUAGUCGGUUGUGAUGUUCGAAACAUGUCACAGGACACAUUAACGAUUUUGACUAACAAAGAAGCCAUUGCCGUUAAUCAAGAUCCACUGGGAGUUCAAGGACACAAAGUCAAUAGCUCAAACAAUUUAGAGGUGUGGGCUGGUCCACUUUCUAACAAGACUGUAGCCGCCAUCCUCCUGAACAGAGGUACCACCAAAGAGAAGAUAACUAUGGAUUUUAAGAGUGUCAAUAUCACAUCAUCUAAAGCUGCCAUUCGCGAUCUUUGGCAACACAAGGAUCUUGGCACUUUCACUGACUCCUUCAUGACUGAUGUAGAUCCACAUGGUGUUGUUUUUGUGACUGCCAAACCCCAGUAGCCUCUGUAUAGAUAGGGGUGUCUUGGAUGUUGCUUGUUGCAUACUACAGUAUUGCUUGUCAUUGUGAUUUCAACCUAUUGCAAGCCAUGUGACUUCGUUAUGUCAAAUUGUUUUCAUUUUCAUGAUUCCCUUGUGUUUCAAUAAAUGUGCUCUUUGAGGAUAA